CCAUUAAAACCCAGUAACUCCUCCCUCCCCGUAGUACCCAUUAAGUUCUCUGGUGAAUCCAAAUCCAUAGUUGUUAGCUCUGACUUUCAUAAGAACAGUGAGCAGACUCCUAAUAUAUUUUAUUUCUUGCCAGUUACCUGCUCUGUGGAUAGGUUUCUUAUAUUGUGGAAGCUGGAGACGCAGUGCAGAGCCUACAAGUUUGGUGGCCAUGCAGAAGCAGUGACAAGUGCAGAGUUCUCACCAGAUGGGCAGGUGCUGGCUUCAGCUUCUCAUGAUCACACUAUCAGGCUAUGGAUUCCUUGCAUUCAUGGAGAAUCAUCAGUACUGAGAGGUCAUACAGCAUCUGUUCGGAGUGUGAGCUUCUCCCAUGAUAGCUGCUCCCUAGUUUCAGCAUCCAAUGAUAAAUUACUAAAAAUAUGGAGUGUUUGCUAUCAGCGCCCUUUGUUUACCCUAUUCCAACACACUGGUUGGGUUCGCUGUGCCAAAUUUUCACCUGAUGGAAGAAUAAUAGCAUCUUGUGGUGAGGACAAAGCCAUUAACAUCUGGGAUACAAGAAAUAAAAUUUGUGUUAGUAGCUUCUCAGAUUAUGAGGAAUUUGCAACUUUUGUGGAUUUCAACCCCAGUGGAACAUGUAUAGCUUCUGCAGGUUCCAGUAACUCAGUGAAACUGUGGGAUAUUCGAAUGAACAAGUUACUGCAGCAUUUCAAAGUUCACAGAGCAGGGGUUAAUUGUAUAUCAUUCCAUCCUUCUGGUAACUACCUCAUCACUGCUUCUACUGACGGUACCCUUAAGAUUCUGGACCUCUUAGGAGAAAGACUUAUUUACACUCUUCAUGGACACAAGGGAGCUGUACUUUGUGUGGCUUUUUCAAAAGGUGGUGAAAAAUUUGCCUCAGGUGGAGUGGAUACUCAGGUAUUACUGUGGAAAACCAACUUUGAUACUUUGGAUUAUGAAGAAGUUCUCAAACACAAUUUUAGAAGAACACAUAUUGAUGAUCCUCCUCAUCUUCUUGAUAUUUACCCAAGGUCAUCUCAUUUACAUAGUAAAAAACUCAAGUCAGUUGAGGUCAACUCUAUCUGUGAUGUGCCUGAUAAACAAACACCUGACACAAUUAUCGUCGAAAUUAGACCAUCUUCACGUAUCAGUACUACUGAUAUUGGCAACAGUGAAGAACUGCUGAGUCCCUCUCCUUCUACCUCGUCAAGAAGUUCAAAAAGGAAGGCAGAGAAUGAGAGCAGGUCAGAUGUGCAUAGUGUGGGACUGCACAGAAGCAUCUCCUCCUCCUUGGACAGUGCUUUGGACAAUAUUGUGGGGCAGCUGAAUAUGUUAACUCUAACUAUUUCAGUCCUGGAACAACGUCUUGCUUUUACUGAAGAUAAAUUGAAAGAAUUCAUAAGAAAUCAACAAAAAAUGUUACUUAAAGGAAAACAGAAGUAAUAAAAUAUGAAAAUGAA